UGACCGACAAAUUUUGCUUCUGCAAUAUGGAGGAUGGUGUACGUCAAUAAUUAUGAGGGGAUGAAGAGACAACCCUUUAUUUUGCACAGGCCCUCGUGGGGUGUAGACUAACCCAAUCUUUUUGAUAGGAACGUUGUUGAUCUUUCCAUUUGACCCAGUCUUAUCAUCUGAUCAUUCGUCAAAAUGGCUGAAACGGUGUACGGAACGGUUGAAGAAGGACAUGUCAUGUCUGAGAAAGUGUCGUCUCUUGCAGCGACUAUUUAUAAGGAGUUUGAACGUAUGAUGAAAAAGUACGACGAAGAUGUGGUAAAGGGACUUAUGCCACUUAUCGUUGGUAUUCUGGAGGCUUUGGAUAACGCCUAUUCCGAAAAACAAGAGGGUGAUGUUGAAUGUGAGCUAUUAAGAGACGAUAAUGAACAGCUACUGACCCAAUAUGAAAGAGAAAAACAGCUGCGUAAAGCCUCAGAACAGAAAUAUCUGGAGAUGGAAGAUGCUGUGGAGGGAGAAAAGAAAGAUCUCCAGGAUAAAGUGGAAAGCCUCGAGUCCAUUGUCCGCAUGUUGGAACUCAAGUCUAAGAACUCAGCAGAUCAUGUGUCAAGAUUGGAAGAAAAAGAAUCAGAAAUGAAGAAAGAGUACAACAAACUCCAUGAACGUUACACCGAGUUGUUCAAGACUCACAUGGACUACAUGGAGAGAACCAAGAUCCUGAUGGGAACUGAUAAAUUGUCUGAGCUGACUGGAAACAGCCCCAGAAUUAAGGGUGGGUUCCAGCUUCCAUCUCUGCGUCCCGUGAGUAUGUUCGUGCAGGGAUCCGGAGAGACUCCCAUAAAGUCAGACAGUUCUCCCAUGAGCUUUGACCUGAUGUCACCACAGAGUGGCCGUGACUCUAAUGUCAGCAUCAAGAGUGAACUGAGUGACCUAGAGUCCCCAGAACCUGGCCGGGGCAAGAUGACCCACGACAAGGAACAGCUGACUGACAACAUCAAUGUGACCGAAAGAAGCACCACAACAGGAACAAAAAAAUCAUCCGCCCCCGAGUCACAAACCCCCGAUUCCGCCGAGGAACCGCCAGUCCAACUGAGGAGAAAGACAGGUUCCCGUGAUAACUCAGUAUCUAGUGAUAGAGACUUAGAUAACACUGUGUCUAGUGAUCCUGACAGUAGUGUCUCUCAACAACUGCCUCAUACUCAGAACAAGGGUGUCGAACGCUUAAUAUCAGAAGACACGUUUGAGGAAGACCCUAUUUCUUUACCAUCGGGUUUGGGUGAAACUUUACGAUCAAUAGUUGCUUCUACACCAGAACUAGAUGAUGAUUCUUUUGGUAGUCCAAGUUCCAAAAGAGCUUCAAGAAGGAAUGAUAAAACUAUAUUUGAUGAGCUUGCUGGUGAGGGAGCUGACAUUGCUGAAGUUGACUUUGGUGCUGAUAUUACCGGCCGCGAGGUGAACCCAGCUGAGUAUGCCUCCUCCGAUAGUGACGACGAUGGAGAUAAGGACAAUGACAAAGACUCUGUCGUCAGUGACAAUUUCUUUGGAAUGGGCAAGGAGCUUGAAAAUUUAAUUCUAGAAAAUACAGAAUUAUUAGCUACCAAAAAUGCCUUGAACAUAGUGAAGGAUGAUCUCAUAGCCAAGGUGGAUGAGCUCUCAAGUGAGCAGGAGAUUCUCCGGGAGGAGAUUACCUCCCUGCAGACUGUGAAGGGUCGGCUACAACUACGCAUCACUCAGCUGGAGGAAGAACUGAAGAAGACGAAGGAAGAGAUGCAGAAGAAGCAGCAGGCUACAGGAGACGAAGAGGACGAUGUUCCAAUGGCCCAACGGAAGCGGUUCACACGUGUUGAGAUGGCGCGGGUGUUGAUGGAACGGAAUCAGUACAAGGAGAGGCUAAUGGAGCUCCAGGAGGCUGUCAGAUGGACGGAGAUGAUCCGAGCUUCACGAGAACAUCCAGAAUCAGGUCUUCAGCCAAAGAAAAAGUCCUCUAUAUGGAACUUUUUCAGCAGCAUUGUCUCCUCAUCCGAACCAUCCACGCCAUCAUCCCCCGAAAAAAAGAGAAACAAUGUCAAGACGAAAGAAGACUCACCGCGCUUCAGCAACCUCUUCAACUCCCCCAACAAACCGAAGCGUAGCGCCACUCUGCCAGUGGCCACGGUCAAAUACAACGCCCCCACCACCCAGGUCCAGCCGGUCGGAGACCCCAACAAGAAACAGAGGGAGAAGUACAACCUGGGACAGAAGUCCAAGGCCUAUGAGUUCUUGCAAGAUGAUGCAACUGCCGAGAAAACUCGGAAAGAACGAGAAAAGGAGCGAAGAGAGCAGUAUAAACAGGUCCGGGCUCAUGUCAAGAAGGAUGAUGGACGGAUGCAAGCGUAUGGAUGGAGUCUCCCAGCCAAAUUUACCCCUCAGCUCCCUCGGGAACAGUCUUCCAAGAGCCAUGUGCCUGUCCCCGUCCCUGUCUACUGUCGCCCUCUACUGGAGAAAGAACCUGGUCUGAAGUCACUCUCAUGGGAGUCUCAUAUCUGGUGUGCCGCUGGAGUGAACCUGACGGGUGGUAAGACGAGGGACGGCGGCUCCAUGGUGGGAGCCAGUGUCUUCUACGCCAACCCACCGGAGGAGAUCGACACACGGAGGGAAACAAAGGAUGAGGUGGAGAAACUCAACCAAGAACUCAAGGAGCAUGAGAAGAACUUGAAGUCUGCAGACAAGGAACAGUUUUCGUCUCUGGUGUGGAUCUGCACCAGUACGCACGCCACCAGCAGAGUGUCUGUCAUCGACUCCAACAACCCCGGGGACAUCCUCGACUCGUUCCGGGUGUCCUCCACCCACAUGCUGUGUAUCGCCAGCGUGCCAGGAGCAAUGGAAUCCGACUACCCUGUAGCAGAGGAGAUCCUCAGGGCAGAAGCACCGCCCCUCCCCAAGGAGACUGUUGUGUCGGAGGGCAGCACCACCACUGACCAGAAUGGAGACAACAGCGGGGUAGGGGGGAUAACUUUCGUCCAGUGUUCAACUGGCACCACAGGUCAAGAAGCAAGUUCUGAAACGUCCCCAGCAGGAUCACCUCCACGCAGGAGAUCUAGAGAACUGAGUCCUGAAACAGAUGCGGAGGUGGCAUCAGCUCUAGCGGAGGCUGUCACAGAUGAUGGUGACAGUGGAGAAGCGAGGGAGAAGGCCUACAAUGAGAUCAACAAGGAAGCCCAGGAUGAAGAUCCUCUGGGAGCCACGACACUUGAGAGCAUCAAACCCACAGUGUUCCGAGCGACAGGGUCCCCGGUGUCAUCAGGAACAGCCACGCCCAACUCGACGUCGUCAGGGGGAGAGAAGCGCCUGCAGGAUCAGGAGGAGCUGGAUAAGGAGGGCAUUGCCUCCAUCGCUGCUGACAAUGAGCUGCAGUAUGGCGAGCUGGAGAAGAUGAGCAGUCUCCUCCCCACCAUGUGGAUGGGGUCACAGAGUGGCAGUUUGUAUGUGCACUCAGCGGUGGCACAGUGGAGGAGGUGUCUGCAUUCUGUCAAACUUCGAGAUUCCAUUCUCAGCAUUGUCCAUGUGAAAGGUCGUGUUUUGGUGGCCCUGGCUGAUGGAACAGUGGCAAUAUUUCACAGAGCUGCAGAUGGCCAGUGGGACUUGAAGAACUACCAUCUGCUUGACCUUGGCCGGCCACAUCACUCUAUCAGGUGUAUGACGGUCAUCGCCAACAAGAACGUCUGGUGCGGAUACAAGAACAAAGUUCACAUCAUUAAUCCUCAAACUAUGGGAAUUGAGAAAAGUUUUGAUGCCCAUCCUCGCAAGGAAAGCCAAGUGCGGCAGUUAUGUUGGGUUGGGGAGGGUGUCUGGGUGUCGAUUCGUCUGGACAGCACCCUCCGGCUGUACCACGCCCACACCCACCAACACCUCCAGGACGUGGACAUAGAGCCGUAUGUCAGUAAGAUGCUGGGUACUGGCAAACUGGGCUUCUCCUUCGUACGUAUCACCGCCAUGCUGAUAUCAUGCAACCGUCUGUGGAUUGGCACAGGAAAUGGUGUCAUCAUUUCAGUCCCCCUCUCAGAAAGCAACAAACAACAGGUAACCACUUCUAGCCGGCGCCAACCCGGAGGGGUGAUACGAGUGUAUAGCGACACCAAGACGGACAGUGUAACGCCCGGUUCCUUCAUCCCCUACUGCUCCAUGGCCCAGGCUCAACUGUCCUUCCACGGACACAAAGAUGCUGUCAAGUUCUUCGUUGCAGUGCCUGCAACUGGUAAACGUAAACUGCCGUUGGAAGGUGAUUUUGCAUCGCCCGUGAAAGGUACGGCCAGGAAGGGCAUGAGUGCUGCAGCCCCGAGUACCGACGACUGUGAGACGCCCACCAAGUCCCGACUGGAGGCCAUUCCAGCGCCACCUACCAACACAAAGCUUGUCCUGUCUGGGGGAGAGGGAUACGUGGACUUCAGAAUUGGUGAUGGUGAUGAUGAUGAGCUUGUGAUAGAGACGGAGGAGGAGAAGAAGUCUCAACUGAACAAAGUAGACAGGAGUCAUCUCAUCGUCUGGCAGGUCACACAGGAGUAGCCCGCAAUCAGGGCUCAUCACAGCAGCCAGCCAAUCAGAGCUCAUUACAGCAGCCAGCCAAUCAGAGAGCUCAUCAGAGCAGCCAGACAAUUUGAGGACGUAGCUCAUCGCUACAGUCAAUUAGCUUGCUUUUUGCCCAUCUACUCAGCCAAUCAGGAUACAUUGUCCAACUGAGUUGACCAAUGAAAUACAUAUUCAACAAAUAUGGAAAUUGGAACAAAACAGGAGGGGAACUUUGACAAGGAUUUAUGAUGGAAAAUACAAACAAAGCGACUUUGAAAAUAAAGUUUGAAUGUAAUCAUCCAUUUUGAAGAAAUAUGUACAACAUCAAUGAAAUGGUUUUUUCAAAUCAUAAAUAUGUGGUCCCUUUUAUGAUCCGAUUGAAGUAUGUAACAUCUACGGUGAUAUGAGCAGUCUUGUAUGCAAACACUCAGAAUCCCAUCCUGAAGUAGCUAAAAGUUCUACAGGGCAUUGUUAAAAGCCUCCAUUCCUGCAGACCUCAAUGCUUCAGUUCCAUGGAUUCUCCAACUGAUAUUCAGUUGGGAGGCCUCCACUUCCAUAGGAUGUAGGACAAUCAAAUCAAAGAAUGACAGAUCUUGCAAUUCAUGAUGACAGCAUUCCUUGUUGAGAGAGUGCUUCAUACUGACAGUGCUUCAUGACAGCACUCCUUGAUGACAGUGCUUCUUGACUGCUUCAUGGCAGCAUUUCAUGAUGAGUUCUUCAUGACACUGCUUCAUGAUGAGUGCUUCAUGAUGACACUGCUCCAUUAUGAUUGCUUCAUGACAGUGCUUCAUGACUGCUUCAUGAUGAUUGCUUCAUGAUGGGUGUUACAUGACAGUGCUCCAUGAUGAUUGCUUCAUGACAGUGCUCCAUGAUAAUUGCUUCAUGAUGAUUGCUUCAUGAUGGGUGUUACAUGACAGUGCUCCAUGAUGAUUGCUUCAUGACAGUGCUUCAUGAUGAUUGCUUCAUGAUGGGUGUAACAUGACAGUGCUCCAUGAUGAUUGCUUCAUGAUGAUUGCUUCAUGAUGGGUGUUACAUGGCAGUGCUCCAUGAUGAUUGCUUCAUGACGAGUGCUUCAUGACAGUGCUCCAUGAUGAUUGCUUCAUGACAGUGCAUGAUGAGUGCUUCAUGAUAGUACUUCAUGAUGGAUGUUACAUGACAGUGCUCCAUGAUGACUGCUUCAUGAUAGUACUUCAUGAUGAGUGCUUCAUGAUGACACUGCUCCAUUAUGAUUGCUUCAUGACUGCUUCAUGAUGGUACUUCAUGAUGAGUGUUUCAUGACAGUGCUCCAUGAUGAGUGCUUCAUGAUGAUACUGCUCCAUUAUGAUUGCUUCAUGACUGCUUCAUGAUGGUACUUCAUGAUGAGUGUUUCACGACAGUGCUCCAUGAUGAGUGCUUCAUAAUGACAGCCCGCCAUCAAUUACUACUGCUUUCAACAGAAUCAAUUUAUUAGCUUCUGAAUGACAUUAAUAAGCAGGUACUCUAUAAUACUUAGUCCCCCGUGACCAGCAAACUAAACAAAUCCAAAUUUUGUAAUUAUAAAAAAAAAUUCCAAAUUCUGUGAUAGGCAUACUAGUGUCGAGACUCUUCCAUUGGGAUUUCUAACUACUACAUACCAGAAUGUUUGAAACCUGUAGGUUUGCUGGUUAUUGCCAAACUGUAUAAAUGUUGGUCGUGCUGCAGCUCUCUGCACCCACUGAUCUGAGGAUGUCAUCAUUAUGCAUGAUGGAUGUAUCAUACGCGAUGUAGUAUAUCAUCGCUGUUUCACAUGUACGCAAACUACUCAUGCGAUAUUCUGUAUUAUAAAUGUCAUAACAUGCUUGCUGUUCCAGCCUGACUUUAAUAUCACUUGGAAUAUACAUUUCAGCCAGAAUGCAAAGUAUAUUUUUGUAUACUAAUCCAAACUGUACCCAAGGAGGAAUACUAGCAACAUUAAGGACACUAAAGCUUGUCUUGAGUGUCUUUCCUGUCUGUCAACGCUUCAAGUCAGGUGUAUUAUGUAUAUUUCAUCAAUCUUGUAUAUAUGUUACGUUUCUGUUCAGCGAACUGUGCGGAUAUAUAGGAUAUAUAUCUUAUAAGCAAUGUCGACCUGCUUCCUCUGUAGCAAUGGGGAUUGACGAGAAUGUUCUUUGAACAUUGUAUUGCACCUCUGUUGUUGCUUCGUAGUAAUAAUUCAUGGAUAUGAUAAGAUAUUGAAAUUGAUGCUUUCUGCUACAAGACGGUGGUUAUUGCUUAAUUAUGGAUGAUUGUCCAUUUUAUACAGCAGGCAUGCAUAUAAGCAAAAUGUGAUGUUUCCCAGUGCUGUGUUCUCCCUUAUCCCUUUUCUGUCUUUGUCUUCUCAUUCCCCAAGCUUCCCACCCCAACCCCACCCCAACCCCACCCCAACCCCACCCCCCCACUUCUACCAUCUAGCCGUAGGACGAUUGAUGUUUUUCCCCUGCAGCCAACCUCCGCCUCUGCCAUCUACCCGUAGAACUUGACGUUUCUCUUAUAUCAUCCAACCCCAGCCUCUUCCAUCUAGCAGUAGAACUUGACGUUGGAUGUGCCCAUUGCGUUCAACUGAGUCUUUCCGUAAAGAGUGGCAAAAGAUUCUGUAAUGGUUGGUUCUUGCUCGUAAAGGCCACAUGGUUACAGCUGUAUGGUUACAGCUGCGUGGUUACAGCUGCGUGGUUACAGCUGCGUGGUUACCGCUGCGUGGUUACAGCUGCAGGGUUACAGCUGCAGGGCUACAGCUGCAGGGUUACAGCUGCAUGGUUACAGCUUGUGGUAUCCUCUCACACUUGUUAUGUACGCGUCCGUAUCUCUUUGGGAAAGAUGAGAAGAGGUUCCGCGGGGUAGCUUCUUGGUUUGGACAUUCACUUGUUUUGUUGACAACUUGGAACAUUUGCACUUUUAUGUGAAAAGUUCAUUUUAGUGUCCGUGCCAUGAUAUUGCUGGAAUAUUUCUGAAUGUGUCACAAAACUCGACUCACCGACAUCAAGAUGAGAAACCUUAAUUUGAGGUUUUAUAACGAAAACAUAAAGAAUAGCUCCUUUGACUUGCCAAUCUAAUUGAUUCAACUACACCAUCGAUAUCGAUGACAUACCAAGGGUACAUUCAACAUCAGGUGCUACACAAUCCCCUGGUUGAAGGCUGUCAUACCAACUGAAUCCAUUUUUGGAUUCUUAGGCAACCUUGACUCACGAGAAAGCUCUUUUUGGGAUUAGCACCAAACUCAAAAGCUAAAUUAGCCUGGGUAAAGAUAAAUUCCCUUGUAAUGUUAAGACAAAGGGGAAAUUGUGAAAAUUGUACCAGCCUGCAAGAAUUGUUACUAGCCCCAGGCUAGCAGGGUAGUGUUAAGUUCUAACCCUGGCUUUACAUUGUCAGUGCUAUUUUCCCGUUUGUAUUUACAGUAUUUAUUUUCCCCUUGUGGACUUUCCCAUGGUUCCUGCCACCUAGUCAUAGUGGAACCGUCUUGCACCUGUAUGAUAUGCCUUGUGAAUACUGCAGCACUGAUUCUGGUGAUGUCAUCAACUAACAGAUAAUUGUCAACGAUCAGACCACUGUUGAAGCCUGACCUGCACCUGAUGGUCGGUUCCCAGACCGAUGAUGAUCUGGACAAGAUUCUAUUUUAUUAUUCAUGAAUUUCGCCAUAAUUGUCCACACUGGACUUUUAAGUAAGUUAUUUUAUGCUGCAUGCAGAUGUAUGCUGUCUGUCAGUGUGGGCUUAUAGUGGAGUUACACUACUGUAGACUGCUAGAGUAUAUCUUGAUAUGGGACAUCUUCACCUGUCAGGGGUAUAGCCGUCAGUAUUCAUCACUACCUCCAAGCACGAAUCUAGUAUGAGUGAUGUCAUAUGAAGGAUAUCUUGUAUGUUUGCAUUCUCUCGUGUCAUGUUAUUGACAAGGGGAGGUAUUGCUUUUUGUAUGAAUACACGAUGAUGACAUUAAUUAAAUACAGUCAAACACCAUUGUGUCGAAGUUGAAGGGACCUUCGUAUAUACCUCAGGUUAUUCGAGUUUCGACAUAAACGAAAUGAUGAAUAUAGAAGCAAUACACAAGGACCAAGUUUUUACUUCGAGACGUUUGACACAAUAGUGUUUGACUAUAAUAUAAUUCAUUAUUAUUAUAUAUAAGUGUCUAAAUUCUAUCCUAAGGGGGUUGGUCGGGUAGCCUAGUGGUUUAAGCAUUUGCUCGUCACGCUGAAGACCCAGCCAGGUGCGACUCCCGACAUGGGUACAAUGUGUGAAGCCCAUUUCUGGUGUCCCCUGCCAUGAUAUUGCUGGAAUAUUGCUAAAAGUGUCGUAAAACCAUACUCACUCACUCACUCUACCCUAAGGAGACUCAGGGCACUUAAACAAAUGGUUCAUGUACAUUUUCUAAAGAAUCUCUUUGAUGAAUAGCUUAAUAUAAGAAUAAGGUAUCUUGCAGACUUAAAUUAUGUUGAUGAAUCAUAUUGAUUGCACUGAAGUCAACUCAAAUAAGAAUUUUUGUUAUUUCCCUGACCUGUGAAGAUGAAGGUGUUGCCAAUACUCAUCAUGUAUUAAGGAACAAGUGGCUGAGGCAGGUUCUCAAAAGUAUAGAGGGAUAUUUAUUAUAGUUUUAGUUGCACAUUUCCUCAAAAUACAAUGAUAUCAAAUAUGGUAUUAAGAUCAUAUAUAUCGACCAAAUCUGACAAUGAUGCAAAAUGGGUGAUUAUUCCAAUGUUCAAGUCCUUUCUAAUUGACCUUGCCAGCAUCGCGGAAUCUGCAGCCUUUAUCUGCUUGAGAGCGGCGUUCGCUUCAGUGAAGGCAUGUAAAUGAUGGCUUUAUUGUCACACUGUGAUGACUAAUGUACACAAAGAAAACUGUCCAUAUUUUCUUGUGAUACAGCAACUUUAUCUGCUUUCCCAGGAGGUGAAGUUGAUAAGCUGAUUUAGUGCAAUAUUGCUCUACCUCUUACGAACUUUUAUCCUCCACAUUGCUUACGGUUAUUUGAACGUUCAACCUAAUUGAGACCAGCUCUCAUUGUGUGAAAUGACCAUGCCUUAAUUUCAACCAUUAAGUUCAGUUGAAGGUUUGUUUUUAGUUCAAUUCCUAAAAAAUUAUGAUUCAGCAUUUUUCACUACUGACAACUGUGAGAGACCUUUCCUAACCUUCACUGUAUCUAUAUUGGGAAUUUUAUCUUCAGCAAGUAUCAUGCUUCUAUAUUUUACUAUUUUGUUUGAAAAGUUAAUUUUAAUUGUUUAACUCAGCCGUUUUAGUUGGAAUCCAACUUUGUAUGGAAUGCGUGAGUGUUCUUAGAUCCAUUCUCUGAUCAGGUCUUUUGUAAAUGAUAGAUUUCUGACAUUUGCAAGACAUUUCAACAAGUAGACGGUUUCUGAUUUCAAAGUAUUCAUACUGUGCUGAUGCAAUGCCAAGUCAUCUUCGGUGGAACUUUGCACAAUUGUCGGUUACCAUAGCAAUCAUAUAAAUGGAAUAACAGAAUAAUUGUAUAUUUAAUUGGCUCCACUGUACUAUCUGAGCUGAAUGGGGUCUGUAUGAAAUUAUCUAUCAGUCAGUGGUUAUUAAAGCAGCAUUCUCUGUUUAA